AUGGCAGUCAAGAAGCUCUUGUCUACAGAACAGAUCUCUAAGCACAAUUCACCCAAUGACUGCUGGAUUGUUGUGGACAAUCAAGUAUGGGACAUGACAGAUUUCUUAGAAGAGCAUCCAGGAGGCCCAACAGUUAUCCUGAAGCACGCGGGUCGUGAUGCUACCCAACCAUACUCAGAGGUGCAUGCCUCGAGUUUAAUCAAGGCGAAGCUGUCAGCAGAGAAGCAUAUGGGCGUCUUAGAUGAGGCCACGAUUAGCGAUGAAUGGCUGAAGCCACCACCUACUGCAAGCCCGCAGAUGGUUCUCCAAAAUGAAAAGCCACCGUUGCACACCUUGAUCAACUCCCAUGAUUUCGAAGUGGUGGCAUCUUCAACGGCCAGCAAAAAAACCUGGGCGUUCUAUUCCAGCGCCUCGACUGACCUGAUAACGCGAAACGCCAACAAAUCGUGCUUUGACCGCAUCUGGCUUCGGCCACGAGUACUGAGGAAUGUGCGGUCUGUCAACACGAGAACCAAGUUCCUUGGACUUGAGACGAGCCUCCCAUUAUUUGUUAGUCCGGCGGCCAUGGCCAAGCUCAUUCACCCAGACGGAGAGCUUGCCAUUGCGAGAGCCUGCGAGAGCAAGAACGUCUUUCAGGGAGUGUCUAACAACUCGUCAUAUACUCUCGAGGAGAUUCAAGAGGCUGCGCCAUCAGCGUCCCUUUUCUUCCAACUAUACGUUAACCGCGACCGGGAGAAGUCAGCUUCGCUUCUCCAUCAAUGCUCUGCUAAUCCUAAUGUCAAGGGAAUCUUUGUGACCGUCGACGCUGCAUGGCCCGGUAAAAGGGAGGCGGAUGAGCGUGUCAAGGCGGACGAGGAUCUGACCGUUCCCAUGGCACCUUCGAAAGCUAAGAAUGACAAGAAGGGCGGCGGUCUCGGCCGUGUCAUGGCCGGUUUCAUUGAUCCCGGUCUGACAUGGGAGGACUUAGCAUGGGUGCGGCAGCAUACUCACCUGCCCGUGUGCUUGAAAGGCGUUAUGUCUGCCGAUGAUGCUAUCCUGGCCAUGGAGGCCGGCCUUGAUGGGAUUCUUUUGAGCAAUCACGGAGGCCGGAAUUUAGAUACCAGCCCACCGUCCAUCAUCACUCUGCUCGAACUUCACAAGCGGUGUCCGGAGGUCUUUGACAAGAUGGAAAUCUACGUUGACAGUGGUAUUCGCCGCGGAACGGAUAUUCUUAAGGCAAUCUGUCUGGGAGCAACCGCCGUGGGCAUGGGGCGGAGCAUGCUUUUCGCCGCCAAUUAUGGCCAGGAGGGCGUUGAGCAUUUGAUCGAUAUCAUGAAGGAUGAGCUCGAGACAGCAAUGCGCAACGUUGGAAUCACUAGCCUGGAUGAAGCAGGCCCACAUCUCGUCAAUACAGCAGACAUCGAUCACCUCAUCCCUAAUUCUGCCUCCCACCCGUAUGCACAUAAGGUUGCAAGAGGUCGAAACUCGAGACUAUGA